UCCUACCAAACAACACCUCUACCUUAACAUAUCAAUCUUUCUAACUUUUUUCCAACGUUGUUAGUACUUUCAUUUCUCAUAUCACCAAAAUUCAAAAUCAUUGUAUCCUCUAUUUUUUUUCUUCUAUACCAUAUAUUUAUAUAUAAAUAUUUGUGUGUCAAUAUAAUUUAGGAGAUUUUACUAUAAUGUCUUCCAAAAAGAAAAACCUUAUAAGAACAUUUUUCACUUCAAAUGGAAGUUGUGGAUCAUGUGCAAAAUCAAAAGCAAUUCAAGUACACGAACCAACCCAAAAACCCAAAAUUUCCAUCAACCAAAAGAUCACAAAUCCAAGUAGUAAAGGUUCUUCCACUACAAAUUCAGGUGAACCAAACGGCGCCGUUUGUAGCAUCGACGACAGCGAAGAUUUCUCCACCACUACCUUUUCUGAAGGUGAGACAACAAACAACUACUUUGUACCCAAACAAAGUCCACUGAUGAACACCGUAGCGGUCGAGAAGGACUCGGAGGAUCCAUAUCAUGAUUUCAAACACUCUAUGCUUCAAAUGAUCUUCGAAAAUGAGAUCGAUUCGGAGGAUGAUCUUCAAGAUCUUCUUCGGUGUUUUCUUCAUCUCAAUUCUAGUUGUUAUCACAGUGUGAUUGUUAAAGUCUUCAAUGAAAUCUGCCACGAAGCUUUCCCCGACAAGGCUAGAAGUUACGGGAAGGUGGUGUGGGAAAUGCCUUUGGUGGCUGAUCGAUGCGCAACGGCGCAUGGAGGGCAUUAG